ACUGUGAAUACGAUCAGUAUUAUAAAUACGGAGUCCCGUUUUCCUAUUGAAACAUGCACCUUCGAAGAAACGAAAAAAACAUAACAAUGGCUACUAAGAUGCAAAUACAAAAAACGAAAGGUCCUAAUGAUCAAUGUGUCGUCUUCGGCGACUUGAAACCGUGGAAAAACACUUGGUUGGUUCAUGUAAAGGUGCUACACGCUUGGAAACAAUACAUUCAAUCCGUAGAGACCAUGGAAUUCGUCUUGGCUGAUGAGACUGGGCAAAAAAUUCAUGCUACAUGUAAACAGACUUACAUUGAAAGUAAGGGAAGGAUUCUGACGGUUGGAGCAUGGCGCUACAUCCGGAAUUUCCAGAUUACUCCUGCUGGUGGAGCUUAUCGAACCACAGAUCAUACCUGGAAAAUUGUUUUCAAUCAAAAUACGGCAGUUACGCGAUCUAAUCACGUUAAUGACGAGCUGUAUCUGAAUUUGACAGACUUUCAAACUGUUAUGUCUGGAACACUUGAUGAGAAUUUUUUAAUUGAUGUGCUCGGUCAAGUUUUGGAUUGUGGUGAUGUCGAAAACAUUCAGUGUACCGGGGGAAAACAACGAAAAAAACUUGAAUUCACCCUAAGCGACAUCAAUGAUUCGCGUUUACCAUGCUGCAUAUGGGGCAACUUAGCCGAGAAACUCCAUUCUGCAAUUAACCAAGAAGUUGGAAUGGUUACUAUGCUGCUCAGGUUUGCAAAGCUUGGGAGAUUUAGAGGGGAACUACAAGUCUCUAACGCUUUUGAUGCUUCGCAAAUGAUGAUCAACCCGUCAAUACCUGAGGCUGAAGCAUUUAAAGAAUUGAUCAAUGACGAUGACAAAACUCUAACCUCAUUCCAAAGUAAUGAGGACAGUCAAGAGGACAACAACAAACAAGUUGCUCAGUCAGUGAAGCGAGGACAGCGUGAUAAGUGGUUACUCUUUCCCACUAAGAGCAUCCACGAAAUGAUAACAUCAACUCAAGUUGAUAAAUGCCUUGUGAGAUGCACAGUCUAUGCCAUUGAUAUGGAUUGGUCGUGGUAUUACUUUGGUUGUAAAGCAUGCAACAAAAGAGUUAUCAAAACUGGAACCAAAGUUAAGAAACUACAUGGUAAAGAGAUCACAACUCAUAUUUGGUGGUGUGAGACAUGCAAAGACAGCGUUUUCGAUGUUUCCCCAAGGUUCUGGCUCCACCUGAUGGUCAGUGAUGAUACAAGCGUCUCGAAAAUAAUGAUCUUAGAUAAGGUUGCUAAUGGGAUUGUUGCUGAAUCUCCAGAGAAGCUGUUGAAUGGAAGCUGGGAUGAGCUUGAAGAUCCGACAUUAGUACCAGAUUGUAUUACUGAUCUGAUUGGCAAGAACUUCACAUUUGGAGUAUAUGUUGAGAAAGAGAAUGUCGCGUAUGGUUCUGAAUUUUAUAAGGUUGGAAAAAUCUAUAAAGAGAGAAUGACUUGCGUAUCUGAUGCAAUCACUCACUGUCAAUCUGAUAAGAUGUUGGCAAUUUCUAGUGGUGAUGAGGAUUCUAUCUACUUAAGUGAAAGUCAAGAAACCGCCGAUCCUGUUUCUACACCAUCCAGUAAGAGGAAAGAAGACCAGACUAUUGAGCACGGUGACCUCAGUUCAACAUCCAAGAAACCAUGCACAAGAUCGAUCAAGAUUGAGAUGGUGGAAGAGGCUAAUAAGAAGCAUUGAAGUGGAGAUUGAGAUUUGUUUUUUUUUAGUUGGUUUUAAAUCUGAGUUAAUUUAUUUCCCUUUGGCAAUACUUAUGUUUGGUGUUUGCUUUCAAUAAUUUCUAAAACUCGGUUA